AUGCCUCUGAAAGGCUUACUGCGCCACGUUACUAUGGCAGGACCCAAGGGCAAGACAGCGUCUUCCUCCUCCUCUUCCAAAACUCCCCCAAGCUUUCCCCAAUUCCCCAACCUACCUCUAGAGAUCCGCCAGAAAAUAUGGCGUGAGACAAUUCCUGGACCCCGCGUCAUGCUCAUCACCCUCUCAAAAUCGAAACCGGGAAUAGCAACCACAAAGCCUGCAUCCUACGGCGGUCGUCACCCAGCACUUCUCUCCGUCGACCGAGUCUCACGCGCUGAAGGUCUUCGCAUUUUGCAUCCCAGAUUCAAUGCAUUCUGGAAUUUUGAUCUCGAUAUCCCGUAUUUCGAAAUCAAGGAUAAUUCCGACGACAAUGUGGUUCUCUUGGCGCAGCUGGCGAGGGAGGGCUUGCUCAAUGAGUUUAGGACUAUUGCUGUUGAUUGGAUGUUGUGGAGGUGGCAGAUGGCGACUCAAACUAUGGAAUUCAGGGUUACUUUUGGGAAUAAGUUUGGGGGUUAUGAACACCCGAUCAUAACAAUCAAUGCGCUCCCCAAUAUCAAGAGAUGCAGCUUCAUUUAUACGGACCAUACGCUACAAGCUGAUCUGGUCACUGGCAAACCCUGGUCUCUUGGUCUCAUGACUGAACAGACUGCUCUCACUGACGAGUGGGCUGUCGUUGAGGCUGACAUGGCUCGACAAGUCGCGAAGCUGAAGGAAACGGGUAAGAUCGGAGAAUGGAAUCCACUGAAUAUCAAGUUACGGAGAGGCGUGGAGAUUGACUUCUGUGGCAUACAUGGGAGAGAGAGGGAGUGUUUACCCAAGGAUAAACUGAAAAGACCAUUGGCUGGGUGGGAGAUGGAUUGGUUUGGCUGA